CGUGGAAGAUGCUGCCAUCAGCCAUCAAUCAAUUAGUAUAGGGAGGAAGAUGCUGCAACUAUGCUCUAAAGUUGAAUGUAUCUCAUCAUUCCAAAACACACUUCGUUUCAUCUUUUAAUAUUUCACACCAUGCUUCUCUCUCUCCUGUGCUCAAAAUUUCUUCUUUGACCCCCCCCCCCCAAAAAAAAAAAAAAAAAAAAAAAAAAACCAAGAGAUUAUGGCAGCAGAGCUUCUUCUUACGUUUGCCUUGGAGGAGACUUUGAAAAGGGUGAGUUCCAUUGCUGCUGAAGGGAUCGAACUUGCUUGGGGAUUGGAGGGCCAGCUGCGAAAGCUCAACCAGUCCUUGACCAUGAUCAAAGAUGUGCUCCAAGACGCAGCCAGAAGGGCAGUAACAGACGAGUCUGUGAAGCGUUGGCUGCAGAACCUACAGGUUGUAGCUUAUGAUGCUGAAGAUGUUCUAGACGAGUUUGCGUAUGAGAUUCUCCGAAAAAAACAAAAGAAGGGAAAGGUACGUGAUUGCUUUUCACUCCACAAUCCUGUUGCAUUCCGUUUGAAUAUGGGUCAAAAAAUUAAGAAGAUCAAUGAAGCCCUGGAUGAAAUGAAAGAUGCAGCCGGAUUUGGGUUCGGAUUGACAUCUCUACCUGUAGAUAGAGCUCAAGAACUUAGCAGGGAUCCAGAUCGAGAGACACAUUCGUUCCUUGACAGCUCAGAAGUUGUAGGAAGGGAGGGUGAUGUCUUUAAAGUUAUGGAAUUGCUGACUAGCUUGACCAAAUCCCAACAUGUCCUUCCGGUUGUCCCUAUAGUGGGGAUGGCUGGCCUUGGAAAGACUACUGUAGCACAAAAAGUGUGUGAAGUAGUGAGGGAGAGAAAACAUUUUGAUGUGCCUCUAUGGGUUUGCGUUUCUAAUGAUUUUAAUAAUGUAAAGAUUUUAGGAGCAAUGUUGCAAAAUAUUGACAAAACUACGGGUGGGUUGAGCAACCUAAAUGCAAUUAUGGAAAACCUGAAGAAAAAGCUGGAAAAGAGGACAUUUUUUCUUGUUCUUGAUGACGUGUGGAAUGAAGACCAUGGUAAGUGGGAUGAUUUGAAGGAGCAACUGUUAAAAAUCAGCAAUAAGAAUGGGAAUGCUGUUGUUGUUACAACCCGCAAUAAGAAAGUAGCAGACAUGAUGGAGACUUCUCCUGGUAUUCAGUACGAGCCAGGAAAACUAAUAGAUGAUGAAUGUUGGUCCAUUAUCAAGCAAAAGGUGAGUGGGGGUGGACGAGAAACAAUAGCUCCAGACUUGGAGUCUAUUGGAACAGAGAUUGCAAAGAAAUGUGGAGGGCUUCCGUUGCUUGCUAAUGUUUUGGGAGGAACACUGCGCCGAAAGGAGAUGCAGGAGUGGCAGUCAAUUCUAAAGAGUAAAAGUUGGGAUUCUCGGGAUGGAGAUAAAGCUUUGCGCAUAUUGAGACUCAGUUUUGAUUACUUGCCAUCGCCAACAUUGAAAAAAUGUUUUGCACACUGUUCCAUUUUUCCUAAAGAUUUUAAAAUUGGAAGGGCAGAGCUAAUUCAACUUUGGAUGGCCGAAGGUUUUCUGAGGCCAUUAAAUGGAAGGAUGGAAGACAUAGGCAACAAGUGUUUCAAUGACUUGCUUGCAAAUUCCUUUUUCCAAGAUGUUGAAAGGAAUGAGUGUGAGAUCGUAACAAGUUGCAAGAUGCAUGAUCUUGUGCAUGAUCUUGCAUUACAGGUCUCAAAAUCAGAAGCGUUAAAUCUGGAGGAGGAUUCGGCUGUUGAUGGUGCAUCUCAUAUUCGUCAUCUAAAUCUCGUAUCUCGUGGGGAUGACGAGGCAGCAUUAACAGCGGUUGAUGCUAGAAAAUUGCGAACUGUUUUCUCAAUGGUUGAUGUAUUCAACGGGUCUUGGAAAUUCAAAAGCUUGAGAACUCUCAAAUUGCAAAAUUCUGAUAUCACUGAGUUAUCAGAUUCAAUUUGCAAGCUGGUACAUUUGAGAUAUCUUGAUGUCUCGGAUACUGCUAUCAGAGCAUUGCCAGAAUCCAUCAGAAAGCUCUACCAUUUGCAAACAUUAAGAUUCACUGAUUGCAAGUCACUAGAAAAGCUUCCCAAGAAAAUGAGAAAUUUAGUCAGCUUGAGACAUCUUCAUUUUGAUGAUCCAAAGCUAGUGCCAGCUGAGGUGAGACUCUUAACACGCCUUCAAACUCUGCCGAUUUUUGUUGUGGGUCCAGAUCAUAAAAUUGAAGAGCUGGGAUGUUUGAAUGAACUAAGAGGAGCAUUGAAGAUAUCCAAACUUGAGCAAGUUAGAGACAGAGAAGAAGCUGAGGAGGCAAAACUGCAAGAAAAAAGAAUGAACAAAUUGGUGUUUAAAUGGAGUGAUGAUGAAGGUAACAGCAGUGUCAAUAACGAGGAUGCGCUGGAAGGCCUGCAGCCUCACCCAGACAUAAGAAGCUUGACAAUUGAGGGUUAUGGAGGUGAAAAUUUCUCAUCAUGGAUAUUGCAACUCAAUAAUCUGAUGGUGCUGAGAUUGAAUGACUGCAGCAAGUGCAGACAACUCCCAACACUUGGAUGUCUUCCUCGCCUUAAGAUUCUAAAGAUGAGUGGAAUGCCUAAUGUGAAAUGUAUAGGCAAUGAGUUCUAUAGCAGCAGUGGCAGUGCAGCAGUACUGUUUCCAGCACUAAAAAAACUCACUUUGUGGGGUAUGGAUGGUCUUGAAGAAUGGAUGGUACCAGGUGGAGAAGUUGUUGCAGUAUUUCCUUGUCUUGAAAAGUUGAGCAUUGAGAAGUGUGGAAAGUUGGAAAGCAUUCCGAUAUGUCGUCUUUCAUCUAUUGUAGAAUUUGAAAUUAGCGGAUGUGAUGAACUGAGAUAUUUGUCUGGUGAAUUUCAUGGCUUCACGUCUCUUCGAGUUUUAAGGAUAUGGAGAUGUCCAAAGCUGGCAUCCAUUCCAAGCGUACAACACUGCACAGCUCUGGUGGAAUUGAUUAUAUCUUGGUGCGGUGAGUUGAUCUCAAUUCCUGGUGACUUCCGAGAAUUGAAAUAUUCUUUGAAGAGAUUGAUUGUUGAUGAGUGUAAAUUGGGAGCUCUUCCAAGCGGACUACAAUGUUGCGCAUCUCUAGAGGAAUUAUCACUAUGCGAGUGGAGAGAGCUUAUCCAUAUCAGUGAUUUACAAGAAUUGUCUUCGCUUCGAACAUUAUUGAUUAGAGGUUGUGAUAAGCUCAUCAGUUUUGAUUGGCAUGGUUUACGACAAUUGCCUUCUCUUGAUGAUUUAGCAGUCAUCACGUGUCCCCGUUUGAGUGAUAUCCCAGAGGAUGAUUGCUUAGGCGGCCUCACGCAACUGGAGCAUUUGAGCAUCGGUGGUUUCUCAGAGGAGAUGGAGGCUUUUCCUGCAGGAGUUUUAAACUCAAUCCAACACCUCAACUUGAGUGGGUCCCUCAAAGCCCUAUGGAUAUGGGGAUGGGAUAGACUGAAGAGUGUACCCCACCAACUUCAACACCUCACUGCCCUCGAGAACUUGCGUAUAUAUGGUUUCAACGGUGAGGAAUUUGAGGAAGCAUUGCCAGAAUGGUUGGCCAACCUUUCUUCUCUUCAAUCUCUUGCGAUUAUAGGUUGCAAGAAUCUCAAGUAUCUGCCAAGUUCAACAGCCAUUCAACGCCUCUCCAAAUUAAAGGAAUUGUGGAUUUUUAGAUGUCCACAUCUAUCAGAAAAUUGUAGAAAGGAGAAUGGCUCUGAGUGGCCCAAGAUUUCUCAUAUCCCAACAAUCUAUUUACAGCCGGACCUCGAAGACUGAAGGAAGCUAUGGAAUGGUUAUUUGAAGCUUAUGCAGAUUAGUGUGUGUCAGGCUGGAUAAAUGUGUGACCGGCAUAAUUCUAGACUGAAGUAUAUUUGUUAAAAUGUAAGAAAAUAGAUGGAGCUGGCAGCUUAUCACGAAGAUAAAAGAGCUUAAUAUAGAUAUGAAUGUGAAUUCGUUUGUGUAACUUCUAUUAUUUUAUAUUUGAUUUUGUUAUUUAACUUUAAAGGAUUCGAUUUUUAUGAGGUUAUAUAUGUUGAUGAUGUUUUUAUCA